CAGGUAAUAACUUGCUUAUCUAGUCAUUAUCAGAUAAGAAUGAUUCUUUGAACAUUUUGCUACACCAUAUGCUAUCAAUAGAAUAAAGGAUCUUAGAAUUAAAAACUGCAGUCUCCAAUGACACACAGCCAAAGGUUUAGAUGUCUCACUUGAGCAAUGAGGUUUCACAUCCGGAAGUAAUCUCCUUAGUGGAUCACAGCAGUCCCAUCACGUGUCUUCCGACCGAGACCCUGACUGAGAUCUUCCAGCAUCUGCCCUGCAGGGAAAUUGUCCAGUGUUCUCAGACCUGUCAACGCUGGCACAAAAUCAUCCAGCACAGUGACGCUAUUUGGAGAAGACUGUGUAGAUCAUUGACUGACUUCCAGCAAGAUAUUGAGAUUGACCGACUUCGAGGAUAUACUUGGAGGGCAACAUUCCAGCGUUACUACGGUGCAAAUGGUGUGAAGCUUCUGUGGCGGCAGGGUGUGUUCAGCAACAUUUUAACGUACGAUCAGCUGCCGGCUUCAGGCUUUUGCCAUCUAGACACUGCCUCCUGGGGUCAGAUCCUACAGUGGGAGCUAGAGAGAUCUUGA